AGAUUUGUUCUUCUUUUGUUUUUUCACUCCUGGAGAAGGAGGAGUAAAACAGUUUUAGCAGGAAGUACGAAGAGAGAGCGACGUCCUAAUCGGUUUGUUUUGCUGCAGUGUUGGGCUGCAGCGAGAACUUGUUUCGGUUUUUCUUUUCGUCUAAACUUUUUGCAUCGCGGCGCGAAAAAUCUGCACCAUCUGCCUCUGCGGUUGGUGCAUUACAAAACUUGCUUCUUCAUCACGACAACGACUAUCAUGACAUCCUCGCCGCAUCAGGAUUGCAAAAAGGCGGUGAAGAGGAUGUCUCAACAUCCCGAGAACAAAGCUGGAAAACAAGAUGAGGCAGCUGUUGAUCCCAGUACGAAAAAGCAAAAAACUAAUGAGGAUGGUGCAGCGGGCACGGGAGCUCCUGGUGGCAAUAAAGCCGGCGGGGCAAACGGGAGCAAGGUCCCGAACGCAUCUCCAACGGCCUCUAACUCCUCCCACCGCUCGGGGUCGACCGGCCGAACCGGAAAGAAUAACAAGGACGCAAAGACGGGUGGUGUCAACGCGGCCGGGAAUAAAGGUGGUGAUAACUCAGCGCGGAACAACCAGAAUACUGGUCCUGGUGGUGGAAAAGGAAAAGCGCCAGCGUUCGUCGCCGCUGGCCCAAAUGGAAAUGCAGCAAGAAGAAAUCCGCUCCCGUCUCCGGAAGGUCCCCGCGGUAACAACAACAACAAGGGAAAGGGAAAAAACGGUGGAAGCAAAGGCGGUGCUGCCGGCAAAGCGGACGGAAACAACAACAAACCGGUGAACAAUGGUGCUAGUGCAAAUAAUGCAGCUGCUAAUGCCAACAUUGCGUCGAGCGUCGUCUCCGCAAAAUCGAAAGAAAAUCCUGCCGCAGGAGCUGGUGUUAAAGCCAAUGCUGGUGGCGCGAACAAGAAUAAAGAAAAUUUCCAGCCACCGCUGCGAGGGAAGGUGAUCGAAGCGAAAGUAGACACGGGCUUGCACGCAAAUCGCGGCCGAUCAAUGACUCGUGACAAGGAACCGAAGGCGGUGAACCGUGACAAGGAACCGAAGCAGGCGGUGAACCGUGACAAGGAACCGAAGGGGAAUAACAACAAAGGAGCGCCGAUGAAUCCACCUCCCACCGUGCAGCUUCCUUUGAAGCGAAACCGCAGUCCCAAGCGGGCUGCAGAACAACGGGGUAGUUUGCCGAGGCAGAAUACAAAGGACAAUUGCGGUGCCGGCGUGGCCAAGUUGAACACCUCCUUCGAAAAGCAAGCGGCCGCGGUAGUAGCUGCUGCGAAAAACAAGGACGCUGGUGCAACUUCUGGCGAGCAAAACCCAGCUGCUUCCCUCCAGCAAGUCGGCAAAGCGCAUGUGAUCGCGAAAGGGGACAAAGCAAGCAGCAAGGAAUCCCCCAAGCACGCGGCAAAAGCCGCGGGUUCCACCCUGCACAUCCCUGCUCUGGCGAGUAACAAGAGACCGCGGGGGAACUCGUCCGCUUCCAACCCGGGAUCCAGCCACAAUUCGCCAGUCAACAGUCCGCGUGCAAGGUUAGCGAAGUCUCCAAGCAAAAACGCGCCGGACGGCAUCGAGGAUAAUUUGGAGGGCGAUGGUGGGAAAGCGGCAAAGCUCCGGAAAUCGAGUAUGAAUAUGGACCAGCUACCGGGAGCGAAAAGUCCCAUCAACCGGGCGGCGCGGCAGUCGGAUUUGUUAAUCAACUUGGACAUGCAAAAUUUCGAGCUGCCGAAGCGGGAUCAGGACGAUGAGCUGAACCCGAAAUUCGGAAUGCACACCUUGAAGGUAUAAAGAUUCUGAAGGAUCAUGCUGUUUCUUUCAGUUGCUCCUUGUCUCAUUCUUGCAUGACAAACAGAAUCGAGUGGUUGUUGCAGCUGGUGCGCUGCUGCAGCACAUUGAAGUAAGCAAAGACGGCGUUCUACUAUAAUCACAGGGAAAGCGGGAGACCAACGAAGAUGCUCACAUCCACAUCAUGCGUUUUUCCGAGACCGGCUGGGAGAACGCCGGGCUCUACGCCACCAAGGAGAAGCCACUGCAGCUCUACGGUUGCUUCGACGGGCACGGUGGACCGGAGUGCGCAAAGUGGAUCGCGAACAAGCUGCCGGGGAAGCUGCGGGAGUACCUCGACUUGAUGAACCAGAAAAAGACCAAGCUUGACCCGCCGGCGAAGGACGUGGACAAGGUAAAGUACGCGUUUUCGUUCACCUUCGAACAGUUGGACAUCGAGUACAUUUCGCAGCACAUGAAGUCGGAGGCGGGCUGCACCGCGGUGGUGUGCUUGCUGGACCAGGUCUCCCAGAACAUCUUCUGCGCCAACGUCGGGGACAGCCGGGCGAUCAUCGGGCGCAGCAAGAACGCGUUGGCAAUUUCGCGGGACCACGACCCGAAGGCGGAAGGGGAGAAGCAGAGGGUCCAGGCGGUCGGGACCGUGGAUCCGGACGUAUUUUUUUUUGCGGAAAUCGAUGAAAUGAAGGGUUUUGAGGGUCUGUUUUUUUGCAUGAUAGUCUUUGUCUGCAUUGUAUGAAAAUAAAAAUCACACUGACUUCUAUCAGGGUUACGUGAAUGACACGGUGAACAUGACCCGGUGCUUGGGCGACCGCCAGGGCAAGUUCCGCGAGAACAAGGGCUACUUUUCCCGCAACUUUGCCCUUGCCACCAGCCCGGAGGUGUACAUGCAGAAGAUUACGGAGGUGCACCAGUUUGUCUUGCUGUGCUGCGACGGCAUGUUUGAAUCGCCGAAGAUCUUCACCAGUGGGUCGCUGUGCUCCCGAGCGCGGGAGCUCCUGCUCGACGGGAAAUCGGUGAAACAGGUCCCGAAGAUACUGUGCUCGGAGGCGAUUGCGAAGGGCAGUGAGGAUAACUGCACGGUCAUGAUGGUCUUGUUCGAUAACCCACAGCUGGACGAAAUCGUGGAAGAAAACUCGAAAAUUUAG